GCACGAGUAAUGACGUGAGAACAAGACCCAAUUGUCAGCAAAAAACAACAGCCCAACUUUCAAUUAUUUAACCCCAAUCUUUCGUAGAAAAAAACAACCUCAUUUCGGUUAACCCAACCCCAUCGCCAUUGUUGCUCUCGUCUUGGAUUUUCUCGUUCCAACAUCAGAAAUCUGUAACACCGAACAGGAGCAGAGAGAGAAGAAAAUGGUGCUGUUUGCAACAGCUGUAACUUCAAGUCCCUAUUUACAUUUUCCGAAGAGACUAUCAGUUACUCGACAAAGUAUCAGAUGUUCUUUGACUACAUCAUCAGUUUCUGCAAACUUUGACCUUAAAACUUACUGGUCAACUCUGAGAGAAGAAAUUAACCAGAAACUUGAUGAAGCUAUACCUGUUAAGUACCCAGCUCAGAUAUAUGAAUCCAUGCGCUAUUCUGUUCUUGCAGAAGGAGCCAAAAGAGCACCACCUGUUAUGUGUGUUGCCGCCUGUGAGCUCCUUGGUGGUAACCGCCUUGCUGCCUUCCCCACCGCUUGUGCCCUUGAGAUGGUGCAUGCUGCCUCUUUAAUCCAUGACGACUUGCCAUGCAUGGAUGAUGACCCAUCCCGAAGGGGUCAACCAUCCAACCACACCGUCUUCGGGAUGGACAUGGCCAUCUUAGCUGGCGACGCAUUGUUCCCGCUAGGGUUCCGCCACAUUGUCUCUCACACCCCAACUAAUCUCGUCCCAGAAACCCAACUCCUUCGUGUCAUAAACGAAAUCGCACGAGCCGUUGGUUCCACCGGCAUGGCUGCUGGUCAGUUUGUGGACCUGGAGGGCCCAGCAAACGCCAUAGACUUCAUCCAUGAAAAGAAGUACGGUGAGAUGGGUGAAUGCUCUGCGGUUUGUGGAGGACUUCUAGCUGGUGCUAACGAUGAUGAGAUCCAACGGCUCAGACGAUACGGGAGAGCAGUCGGGAUCUUGUAUCAAGUGGUUGACGAUUUGUUGGAAGCGAAAUCAUCUAAAACCAAAUUAGUAGAUGCAGAAGAAAAGAAGGAAAAGAGUUAUGUGGGUGCUUACGGCGUUGAGAAGGCGAUGAAAGUAGCGGAGGAUCUUAGAGCCGAAGCUAAAAACGCUUUGGAAGGGUUCGAAAAGUAUGGCGAGAAGGUGUUGCCGUUAUACAGUUUCGUCGAUUAUGCCGCUGAUAGAAGUUUUAGCUUUUCUGAUCAGGUUUGAUUCUUAUCAAACUAUUGUAACUUUGAAUAAUCAUAAUUUGAUCUGUAUAUCAUGUACUCAAAAGCGGUUUGCAUCAUCUGUUUAUGUCAAAUUCUAUCUGUUGAGACUUGA